UCAUGCCUCAAGCCUCAGCAGCAGCAGCAGCAGCUGCUGCUGCUGCUGCUGCUGCUGCAAAAGGAGUCAAUGCAGCUGCACCAGGGAGGCCUGGAGAGACCCUGCACCAAGUGCUGCUGCAGCUGUCUCCUCUGUCUCCUCCUCUGUCUCCUCUUGAGUCUCUGCUGGUGGAGACAGCUGCGGGGAACUGGGGGGCCCCCUUAGGGCCUCCUCGCUGCGAGCCAAGCACCCUAUUGUCUCCUACAGGCACCAGCUACAGCCGCUGGUGCAGCAGCAGCUGCAGCAGCAGCAGCAGCAGCAGCAGCAGCAGCAGCAGCAGCAGCAGCAGCAGCAGCAGCAGCAGAAGCAGCCUCUUAGAGCCUCUGGGGGGCCCUGGGGGCCCCCCACAGGAUAUAGGAGCUUCAAUCGAAGCUGCCUUCAGUAAAGACGCAGCUGUAUGCGCAUGGGGGGCCCCCAGAAGGUACUCACAGGUGCAGCAGAUAGGGGCCCCCCCUGCUAUUGUGAGGCAAACCUCUCGGCAGCACAAGAGCUCUGCUGCUGCUGCAAUAGAUAAGGGGAGGCGAUGCAGCACAAGGAGACAGACACCAGUGGUGAAGGCCUUCCACCGCCUGCGGCGCAGCAGCAGCAGCAACAGCAGCAACAGCAGGAGCAGCAGGAGCAGCAAAAAUGGGUUCCGCAGCCGGCACAGCAGCAGCAGCAGCGGUUGGGGCAGCAGCAGCAGCAGCAGCAGGAGAACAAGUCGCAGCAACAGCAGCAGCAACAGGUCCAACAGCAAGCAGCUAAGUAGGAGAAGCCAGCGCUGCAGCAGCGGCACUUGGAGCGACAGCAGCAUGAGCAGUAGCAGCAGCAGCCACGGCAGCAGCAGCAGCAGCAGCAGCAAUAGCGACAGCAACAAAAGCAGAAGCAGCGACGACAGAAGCAGCAGCAGCGACAGCAGCGACAGCAGCGACAGCAGCAGCAGCAGCAGCAGCAGCGGCAGCGAGGACCCCCACAGGGAAGCGCUCGCCUUACGAAGGAGACAGAUGAUGGAGAGCUAUGCUGCCCUAGGGAGACAGCUGCUGAAGACGCACAAGCACAAAGCCAGUGGGGGGGUCUCCUCUAAGGGGCCCCGAAGGAAAGUGUCUCCUAAGGGGGCCCCCAGAGGGGAGGGGCCCCCACCUGAUCGGCCUUCCUCUUCUGACGCUUCUCGCAAGGGGCCCCCCAAGGCAGCAAAGGGGGCCCCCAAGGAAAUGACAAUCAAGGGGCCCCCAGCCAAACCGUCUCCUCCUAAAUUGUCUCCUGACAGAGUCACCCAGCAGCUGUCUCGCGAGGGGCCCCUCGAUACAGAGGAAGCAACGGACCCUAAGGGGCCCCCCAAGGGGCCCCCUAAGGAGCUCCCCAAGGGGCCCCCUAAGGAGCUCCCCAAGGGGCCCCCUAAGAAACUCCCCAAAGAGGGGGCCCCUACGGGGCCCCCUAAGGGGCCCCCGUCGAAGGGGGAGUCUACAGGGGGGCCCCCCACUGUAGGGGGUGAGAAGCAGGUGAAGGAGGAGACAAAAGGAGACAAUAGGGCUGCUGAGGGGGUUAAGGGAGACGAUGCAAGCAGCAAAGGGGGGGGAGGCCCUACGGAGGGCCCCUCCCAGGGGGCCCCCCCGAAGUUGUCUAAACUGCAGGGGGGCCCCCCUCCGAAGACACCCAAGGGGGCCCCUAGUAAACAAGAGGCACUGAAGAGGUCGCCUUCUUCAGCUCAGUCUGAGGAAAGUAAAGGGGUUGGGGGAGGGGCCCCCAUAAAGGCCCCUGCCCAGACCUUUCCGGGGAAGGGGGGGCCCCCUGCUGCUGCUGCUGCUGCUGUGAAAGGCCCUAAACCGAAGCCUCCACCUCCUCCUAAGACUGCUGCUCAGGGCCCCCCUAUUAAAGGGGCCCCCAAAGAAGAUGGGGCCCCUCGACAGCAGCAGCAGCAGCAGGCGCAGAGCCUGCAGCAGCAGCAACAGCAACAGGGGCCCCCUGCUGCGCCUGACCGUCCUCUGCAGAAGAAGGGCCCCCCUCAACGUCAGGGGGGGCCCCCUUCUCCCCCUGUUGAUUUGAGAGGCCCCACAACUGUCUCCUCCUCCUCAGUAGAGGAGACACUGUCUCCUUCACGGGAGGCACAAGGGAGGCCUGCUGAGGCAUCUUCAAGCAGCACUUUUAAAGAAGGAGGGGCCCCCAUCAAGGGGGGGGCCCCCGAGGGGGCCCCUCCCCUCUCUGACUUCAUCGCUAAAAAGCUGUCUGCAGGCUAUAAGGUUGUCUUAGGGAAGGGGCCCCCCAAGGGGCCCCCUAGUGAAUCUCUUGUUUCGUGUAAAGUAGUCAUGGUGGGUCAGGGGCCCCCCAAGGCUCCUGCUGCGCCUUCUGUCUCCUCUAAUCAGGGGGCCCCUAAGGGCCCCCAAGCUGCUGCAUCUGUCACAUUGAGAGAUGUAUCUCUCCCCCCUGCCUCUGCUGCAGCGAAAGAGACAGCAGCAGCCCCUUCGGGUGUCUCCGCAGGUUCUAAGGGGGCCCCAAGCAAACCUACUUCGCAAGUUGGGGGGCCCCAGGAGGAGACCCCUGUACAGCAGAAGAAGGGGCCCCCCCAUUCUGCAGCAAAGUGGGGGGCCCCCAAAGGCCCUCCAGCUGCUGCUGCAGGGCCCCCAGCUACAGUGGAGCCCUCAGAAGGAGACAAGAAGAGCAGCACCGGUGGUGUACACCCCCCUACAUUGACGCCUAUAGGCUCUGGGGGCCCCCAAGGGGGUUUAAAAGAUGCUGCCAGCAGCAUGAAAGCAAAGAAAGGAAAGGGGGCCCCUCUAACUGUCCUGGGGGCCCUUGCUGUUCUGCUAGGGAGACGCGCAAGGAGACGAAGAAGGCAGGCAGGAGGAGACAGUGUGUCUCCUCCUCCUGCUAAUCCAAGUGUCUCCGUUGAAGUAGGGGGCCCCACGACGGGGGCCCCUCAGGGCCCCGCCUCUGUGGGGGCCCCUCAGGGCCCCUCUGAGGGGGCCCCACAGGGCCCCUCUGGGGGGAGAGGAGACGCAUUUAAAGCUGUUAGUAGCCCUGCUUGGGAAGCACUCACAAGGGGAUGGAGUCAGGAGGAGUGGGGAGCCUUUGCAUUAGGAGAAGAGGAGACAACCGAAGAGGAGACACACAAAGACAAAGGAGACAAAGAAGGAGACAGUAAAGGAGGAGACAGAGGAAGAGAUAAGGAGGAGACACACGAGGAGACAGCAGCAAUGAUGGUAGAGAGGGUCCUUCCUGUCUCUGUUUUUUAUUAUGCUGAAGGAGACUCCUCGCCUACGGUGUACGAGGAGCUUAGUGAUGAGGAGACACUUAAAAAAGAAGCAGCAGAGGGUCUCCUAGGUAUUUGCAUUCGCAAGAAAAAAUAUAUAAAAGGCAGCAGGGCCUCCUCUAAGCGCCAAUCACUUGGUGAGGCCCCCAGCAUCGAAGCAGCAGGGGCCUCAGGGGGGGCCCCCAGGGGGGCCCCCCAUAUACCCCGCAGGAGACUCACUUUCAUGCAGGAGAGUAUUGCUGAGCUUAAGAAGGCUCAGAGACAGCAGCAGCAAAGCGCGGUAGAUGCUGUCUCCUCAGGGGCCCGAAGCAAUGCGGAGGAGCCCCGCUAUUCAUUUCUUUUUAGUAAUAAGAGUAAAAAUGGGGCUUGA